GGCCAGUGACAAGCGCGUCGCGCUCGCGUACGAACGCGCCGUUCUUUGGCUUGACAGCAAUGAUCCUUUCCGCGUGCGGCUAACGGCACUGACAGUUCUCACGUCUGCUGGAGCGCGGAUCCGCUGACGCGACACCCGCGUCGAAUGGGGACCGGUCGGGUGGCCCUCGAUCACGCGAUGAGCUGCGAGUGACCCGUUGGGCAUCCGCCGUGUGCAAACACUCAUCGAGGACGGGGUCCACGAGCAUCGCGAAGAGGCCGAGGGAGAGACAUGCCGAGGUGCCGACGAGGAGCGGCCUCGCGUAGCCAGGUCCUCUUCCUGCGCCUGCUGCUAGUCUGCGCGCUCGUCGCCUCCGGUCACCAAGAGGAAACAGUUCGGUCCUGGGACAAGCUCUCGCAGUUGAUACCAACGAAUUCGGUGUACGAGAAGCAAGACCGAAAUGCAUCACCGUCCAGCAACGAGGCCGAUGCAUCGCUGGCGCAUUUGCCGGGGGAAAACAAUGUGAUGGACACGUCGAAAUCAAAAGAGAGAGGCGAUCAUGAGGAAGAGGAGAAAGAGGACGAGAAAGAACCUAAGCUGACGUAUGACGUCGAAGAAUACGAAGAUGGAGAUAAGCACGAAGAGGAAGAGCUCGAGGAGAAGGAGGUGGAACUAGUGGUGGAAAAGAAAGAUCUUCCUGAUAAUGAGAAUGGCGCAACGAAGAAAGAGAGAUCUCCACCGGAAACCAGCAGCGUGUCGAAUAUUGAAGCGGGAGACAAGGAUGGGGAUUAUCUCGAAGAUCUCCCGACGAAUCAAGAUGACAAUACGUAUUAUUAUUAUGAGGAGUACGAAAAUGGAAAUCGUUCUCGGUACGACGCCGCAGAAGGCGAAAAUCUCGACUACCUAGACACGGAAUCUGAAGAGGAGGAUGUCACGCCGGCGAACUCGUCAGAAUUGGAACACGGCGCUUUAGAAAAGAGAGAUGAAGACGUCUCGCACGAGUCGACUUCUAACUCGUCACGAAUUGUCAAGGAGGAAAUCAGCAAUCCGAUAUCGUCGAUAGAGUUGGAGCAAGGCUCGUCCAUGGAGGGUAGCGACAAAACGUUCACUACGCUUGGAACAUCCGGGAAGGAGGAUCCCGAGAACGUCUCUGCCGAGGUCAGUUCUAUUUUGAUAGGCGGUGCCGUGGUCUCUGUGGUAACUACAAAGAGUGUAGUGAACGGUACAAUAUCAGUACCGACGACGGCCUCACCGGUUACCACAGAGCAAGUUCCGUCGCCGCCGUCGUCGUCGUCGUUACCCGAGAUAACUGAGGAACACCUAGAAGUGACCACGGAAGACUCCGCGAGAAUUCUGGCCUCCGUGCAGACUAGCCGCAGCGUAUCGGGCGCGCGCUUUCUACCGUUUCCGGUAAUAGAUCGCGUAGAGCAGGUGGAAGCACACAGCGGGUCUCUCGAAAGCAAGAAGACGUCGCAAUCACCGUCCACGGAGAGCAUCAUUGACAAGCUCGACUGGGCGCAGUCCAAGUUAUCUAGUGAUCUUUUGCCAGCGGCCAUCCUCGGUACCGGUGGCUUCCGAAACAACGGCAAUACGUUGCAACUGGAUGUGUUAGCCGAGCGAGAUCGUACGACGACGACGACGACUACUCGCAGGAGUUUCACGACCACGGCCAAGGUACCGGUCAUCGGCAAGUUCAUACCACGACGUUACAACGACAGAAAACUGAAUUACACCAGCACUAACACGGCAAAGCCGCAAUUUGAAACUACGGUCGACACUCUGGAAGGUUUGCUGCCUCGAAGUUACGUGUCGAGAGGAACUACUCCGAGUGCGGCUUCCAAGACAAAUUUCAGGUGGCCCUCUUCGAAACCAACAUCCACGGAAGUAAUAGAAACAAAGACCAUAUUGACGACACCACGAGCGAAAUCUAAAGCCAGCACUGUCGUCCAAAUAUACCUCGCCAAAUCUAAGGUCGAUAUUUCGUCUCUCUUACCACCUGGCUAUGAUAAGAAAGUCGAGGAAGAAUCCAAGUCAAAAGAUACUACAACGACAACGUCGACAACAACAGCAAAAAUGACGACAGUGAAAAAUACAGACAUCUCUCCGGACAAGAUCGCCUCAUCUAUCCAGGAUCUCUUCGCAUCUUCUAAAGUCGAUAUUUCCGCCUUGUUACCUAAAGAUUACGAACAAAAAAAGGAAGACUUUGUUCCGGAUGGUAAAGCUACUGGUGAUGCGAACAGCGAGCAUAAUACGACAGUCACAGAACGAACUGAUUCUGAGUCGCCUACCACGAAGAAAGCUGGUGGCUUGAAGAUUGUAUUUCCCAGUAGACCAGGCGGUCGCAAGCCAAUCCAAAAAAUAACUACUCCGCAGACACUACGUGGAGAUGGUCCAGGCACGGUAACACCAAAAAUACAAAAGGGAUGGCCAACCCGAGCUACUACAGAGUUCACUGGAUGGCCAACUCCGUCCACCACGCCGAUUUCCAUCGAAAAGUUAUUGGAAGCAGCACGCACAGCUACGGUAUCGUCGAUAAACAUGUCGCUUAUUCCCAGUACGAACGAAAUCUCGAGUACGUCAUCGUCGACGUCGACAACGACGACGACGCCAAGACCGACUACUCCCAGCAUAUGCGAUGAUGAGUGCGAGGUUGCCGGCACAAUACGUAUCAUCGGAAACGCGACGUGGGUGCCAGAAUUGUACGAUCGAAACACUCACGAGUGGCAAGAACUUGCAAAUCACGUGGAACGAGAGAUAAACUUUAUAUUUUCGAAAUCUAGCGUUUUAAUGAAGUGGUAUAAAAACAUAAGGAUCGAUUCUUUCAGUCAAGGCAGCAUCCUAGUAGACUACUUUGUCGAGUUAGCCAAUUUACAGCAGAAAGUGAACACGCAGGAAUUAAAAGUGAUUUUCCACGACUCGCUCAGGACAUAUAACGCCAAUCAGUGGAAUGAAACAAACAUGAAGGGUCCACUAAGAAUGGGAAUGUUUACCAUCGAUCCUAAGUACACUGAUUUCGUAGUCAUACCUAAAGUAAAUAUGCCACAGUAUAUCGAGAAGGAUGAUAGAUUGAUACCUCAGUGGGCAAUCGCAGUGAUAGUGAUAGGUGUCGGAGGUUUGCUAUUUAUUAUCGUGUUUGGUGUAUCUGUGCUCGUCAACAGACAAAACGGAUCGAAACUGAAACCGACUAUGUCGGCUAUUUAUGAUGAAGAAGUGAUUAAGCACGCGUCGAGUCACAGAUCAAGUGACUAUUCGAAACCAGUAGCCCACACAAUAUGGACCGAUCCUGACGUCUCUUGGAAUGACAAGUCUUUCGAAUCGAAUUCUAACAAGAUUUUGGUUGACAAGUCCUUCCAGGACAAGAAAUACAAUAUGUACGACAGUUGGCGAUCCGAGUGGAACGGUUAUUAUUACAAUCCCUCGCAUACGAGCAGCAAAUACGGUUACGACAGUACCACGAAUUUAUCAAGCCGUCACCAUCCCGAUUACGACACGAAUUUUUAAACGGCAAUAAACUGCAAUUUCUUCUACCAAUACCGAGAUUUCACUUAAUUUAUUCGGCGCCUUAGGUAAGCAGCUACGAGAGACUCAUCGGAAUAUUUACUCUAUUUUUCAACAAUGCGUGUUCAUUUCGAUAAGAGAUUACAAACACCUCUACGUAGAAUAUUUUAAAUAUAGGAUUUGUUAUCUUGUAUUCUCUCGUGCAUUUAGCAACUAUCUUGUGUUCAUUAUUUCACGACAUCGAAUUUGUCAUUUAUUCUUUAGCUGUUUGCCUUAAUAAGGGAUUCGUUUAUUCUAGUCAGAAUAAUAAGUAAUCAUAUUGUAAUCGGUCACUCUCCACCAAAACCGAUACCAUCACGCCAAUAUAUGUUUGCCGCGAUGUGUUUGAAAUUGCAGAUGUGAAAAGUAGAAUUAAGCGAAAAAAUGACAAUUACACCGAUAACGAAAUACUUUCUCAUUUAUAAAUGAAAUGAGAUUCUGAGUAAAGAUCAAAUCAUGUAUAUCACAAUCUUUUUUUAUAAUCACAGUUAUUCGUAC